UAUAAAUAAAUAUUUAAUAAUAGUUCAGCAGUUAGCUCACCAUAGUGUGUUUUAUAUUACAGCUACUACAUUGAAUAAGAAGCUAUCAAAAUGGGGAAACCACCCAAAAAGAAAGACGGAAAAAGGAAUGUGCAGAAAGAAGAAGAGCCUUCAGAGAGCACUGUGACUUUUGAGGAAUCAACUUCUCCGGAGGUGGCAGCUGUUCAAGUAGAGGACGAUUCCAAUCUUUCAGCAGCAGCUCGCAAGAAAAAGGAGAAAAAAGAGAAAAAAGAAAAAUCUUUGCAAGCUUUACAAGCUCUGCAAGCAACAAGAAAACCUGCACAUUCAGAAUCUACAUCAAAAGAUGAACCAAGUUCUAAAGAGGAGACUCCUUCCAGAGAAGAAUCAACUCCUAAAGAGCAGGCUAGUAAAGCCGAGCGCGAAGUUCUUGCAGAAGCACCAUCCCAAACUCAAUCGGAGGCUGCGGCUAUGCCAUCAGAAAAAGGUAUGCCAUCUGCCACAGAGAUGGGCUCUGUGGCACCAGCAACAAAAGAACUACCGAAGUCUGUCGAAGAAGAAGAAUUUGGAUUAGGUUUGGGCUUAUCAGGACACAGGAAGAGAAGACCUAAGAAGAAAAAAGCAGGACCAGUUCCAUCAACUGAGGCUCAGGAAGCUUCAGCAUCACAGCCAGCCGAAAUUCCCAAGGCUGCACCAUCAGCAUCAUCAGCAGAAGCUCCCAAGCCUGCCCCAUCAGCAUCAUCAGCGGAACCUCCCAAGGCUGAAUCAUCAACAUCAUCAGCAGCUCCAGCCAUAGUGCAGAUGCCAGAACCUGCGCAACCUGCUCCUCCUCGAUGCUGGAGCGGAGCGAAAAGCGGUGCAGGAAGAGGCGGUGGACGCACUCCUGUGCCUGUGGGUCCCUCGCCACAGGUAGUUUCUGCUAACAUCGCAACGCAAAAGCUAACACCGCAAACGACGCCAACUACUCCGAUUCCUACAGGACGUGGCCCUAAGUCCCUGGAACCUACUAUGUGCCGGUACCAGAUACCAACGAAAAUUCCGGGUAACCGUGUUCGUGCUAUGCCAAUAAAAGUCAUGGUCAACUAUUUGGAAAUGGAAUUUAAAGCUCUCAAAAUUUACCGAUAUGACGUUAGCGUUAACCCCGACCGACCAAAGAAGAUGUUGCCUGACGUGUUUAUGAAAGUGAAAAACAAAUUUUUCGCCAACGAGUUGAUAGCGUUUGAUCAGAUGAAAAACUGUUACUCAUUGAAUCCUCUCAAGGGCAUUACAUCUUCGGAGCGGUUCCAUGCCACUGUCGAGUUACUGGAUCAGAAUGGAAAAACUAUGACUUUUGACGUUUCAAUGAAAUCAACUGGAGUUGUCGAUUUAGAGAAUAUUAAAAAUUACAUGAGAUCGCGUGGUUCGUCUCUGUGCCAUCCUACUGAGGAGAUCCAAUGUAUUGACGUCAUUUUACGCCAGGGGGCGUUGGAAUCAUACGUGAAGGCUGGCCGUCAAUUCUUCAAGCGGCCAUCUCGUCCCGUAGAUUUGGGCUACGGCUAUGAAAUGUGGACAGGAUUGUUCCAAUCAGCCAUUUUCACUAAUAAAUCAUUCAUCAAUAUUGAUGUUGCGCAUAAAGGCUUCCCGAGACACCAGAGUGUGCUUGAUGCUAUGAUCAAAGAUUUCGGUUUGGAUCCUACUAAGCCAAUCGAUAACCAACGCGGUGCUGAUUAUUUUUGCGCGUUCGUCAAAGGAUUAAAGGUGGUUGCGACGUUGGUCGGUGAAACGCCUACAGCUGGUCAUCGUCGCGAAUUCAUUUGUAACGGUCUCGUUGGCCCGCCCAACGAACUUGUUUUCACUAUCACGGAAUCAGACGGACGCACACGAAAGACUUCCGUCGCGGAAUACUUUUUGAAAGACAAAAAGUACAAGUUGCGGUAUCCGAGACUUAAUUGUCUGUGGGUUGGAAAUAAAGAUAGAUGCAUUUACUUCCCUAUCGAACUGUUACAUGUGGCUGAGGGCCAGGCAUUGACAAGACAGUUGAAUGAAUUACAAAUAUCAAAAAUGGUAAAGGAAGCAGCCACACCUCCUGAUGAGCGCUUGCAGAAGAUCAAAGAAGUUAUUUCUAACAUGAAGUAUUCUCAAAACCGAGAUUUCAAACGGUUUGGAUUGGAGAUCUCGGAGAAGUUUUACACCGUGAACGCUAAAGUUCUGGACCCUCCUACUAUAGAAAUUGGAAACGGAAAAGUUAAACCCAGGAAAGGUCAAUGGCAAGCUAAUCAACUUUUGAAAGCUGAAGCACUUUCAUCGUGGGCUUUCAUCGCCGUCGAUACUGAUCCGAGGAAUAAUUACGAACAAAUGAUAGACCUGAUUAUUAAAACCGGAAGACAGAUGGGUAUGAAUGUAGCGGAGCCCAAAAUUGUCAACGUAAACGCUAAGAUGAAGUCGCUGCAUAGCAUUUUGAUGAACGCUUACCAAGACGUCCGCUUUGUCUUCAUUAUCGUGUCUUCUAGGGGCCGCGAUGACUAUCACAAGGUGAAGCAAUUGGCGGAGCGUGAGGUGGGCAUACUGACUCAAUGCGUCAGAGAGGCGACGGCACGUCGUAUGAACCCGAUGACAGCCAAAAAUAUUUUGCUGAAGGUGAAUUCCAAACUGAUGGGCAUCAACCAGGCAAUCGACGCGGUGGCCAUGCCGCGAUGCCUGAAGGACUCGCCAGUAAUGAUCGUAGGGGCUGACGUCACGCAUCCCUCACCGGAUCAGUCGAAUAUACCCAGUAUUGCUGCAGUGACCGCCUCUAUAGAUCCGAAAUGUUACAUUUAUAAUAUCGAAUUAAGCAUACAAACUCCUAAGAAAGAGAUGAUCGUGGAGUUUGAAGACAUGAUGUUUGAUCACCUAAAGGUGUUCAAGGAACGUAACCAAGGCAGACUGCCAAAGAAGAUUUUCGUAUUCCGCGAUGGCGUGUCUGAAGGACAGUUUGCACAGGUAAUGAACAGCGAACUCGCAGCUGUCCACAGUGCCUACCAGCGCAUGGCAGGGCUACAAAAUAAGCCUGAAGUGUUGUUCCUAUUGGUGCAGAAACGACAUCAUACGAGACUAUUUAACCAUGGCCCUAACGAGAAAUACAAUGUGGAGCCGGGGACAGUCGUCGAUACGGACAUUGUACACUCCUCUGAGUUAGACUUUUAUCUAGUGUCUCACCAAGCGAUAAAAGGUACAGCUCGCCCAACCCGCUACCACACAGUCUGCAACGACGGCAAGAUCCCAGAUGAUGAAGUGGAACAAUUGACUUACUACCUGUGCCACCUUUAUUCACGGUGUAUGCGAUCUGUGUCUUAUCCUACUCCGACCUACUAUGCCCAUCUUGCUUGCCUACGAGCUCGAUCUCUUACUCACGGUGAAAAGUUCGAUAAUCGAGAACUGGAACGUAAACCAAAGCGGCUCCAUGUUCUCGACAAGAUGCUGCAAUUCAGCCGCAUGUUUUUCGUUUAAAUAAUCUACUAUACUUAAAAAUAGUCAUGUAAUUUAUUGAUAAUUUUUUAAACUCUGGAUGUCUUUGCAUAAAUGAAACACAUAUACAAAAAAAAAAGAAAAAAUAUAAUCCAAAACCACAAAAAAAUCGAUGUAUCAAUAUGUAGUAAAAUGUAUGUUUUAUUAGACCAGUAUUAAUAUUAAUAAUAUCAUAUAAAAAUUGUAUAAUAUGGAUUUUUUGACCCAAUUGUGCAAGUGAUUAUUUGUUUUGUUUCCUGAUGUUAUUAUAAUUUAUACAUAUUUUUAUUAAAAUCACUCUAAAUUAUAUUAUCGAAAGGUUCAAUCUACCGGUGGUUAGGCUAAAACCUCCUAGCAAUGCCAUAUCAAGGACUGUAUUUUGUAGCAGGCCCUUGAACAAUUCGACUACCGCUAGCUUCAUAGUAUGGCAAUCGAGUCCUAAGAAAACCCCAUUGACCGCCAAGACUAUCGGCACAAUGCGAAUAUGAAAAAGAGUAACCAUGGAGUUUCUUGCUCGUUCUUCUCCAUCGGAAUCUACACUCUCGGUUUUUAUUAGACCUUGAAGUCAAUUUUUAACACUUAAACGCCAUGGUGACCGGUGACCUCCGUUAGCGGAGGAUUUGACUUCAACAGUUUUCUGUCGGCAGUCAAAGGCUUAAUCAUGGGUAGCGGGAACACCUCCGGGUGCCUUUUGACCAAGGCUGUCAAGCUGGGGAGAUAUACACUCUUAAUACUGAGUUCUGGCGAAAAGUAAGUGGAGCUGAGUGAAGAGUUCGGAGUUCCACCCAACCUUUUACCUUUGGUUCUUACAAUCUUGCCAACAUCAGUUUUUAUUAUACUGGUUUACUCCGUUUUGUUUUUCCACAACGGCCACUGUCAUUUUGUAUUUAAUGAUAGCUUAUAUUAUUAUAAUCGGUAAAUAAGUAUAAGACAUCUCUCUUUAAAUAAAAAUUUUGUGUCAGUUUUGCCAAGUGUAUUCUUAAAGAUUUCAAUUUAUUAUAUCUUAAAAUGUUUAGUCAUAAGAAUGAAUAUUGUUUGAAACGAUUUUAUAAAUAUAUUUAUUUGCCUUUUAUUACGGCUUGAUUGAUUUUUUUAUGACGGCUUGUACAUGUUAGUCUUAAUAUUACAUUACUCUUGUAGCAGUAAACUAGCGAUACAGUUUAAAUUAUUUUUGCGAUGGUACUUCGUCUUGAUGACUGACAUAGUAAGUGUGAAUGCAGUGAUCAGGUUUAAAUCAUUUUCUGCUUUAUUUUUUUUUAUCGGAUAGAAUGGCAAACUAGCAUACUGAUUACUGAACGGAAGGAAUCGGCGCCCCUCAGUGUGUCAACACUGAGUAGUUGAAAGUGCGUUGCCGGACUUGAACAGGGGUUUGAGGUUUAAGAGAAUUGAGAAUGGGGAGGGAAGAAUUGGGCUUAUGGAAACCUCACUCAACGGUGAACUCAAAAUGCAAGGGCUGUUUCUAUGAGGCUGAGGCAUCGCUCCGGUCGGACCAGCUCAUUCGUGGUAUGUCUCCCACACAAAAAUUUGUGAUUUAAGCAAAAUCCGCCUUUUGCUAGAUCUGUUAUAAAUCUUUUAAGUUGUAUAUAAAUUUUCUAUCUUUUUUAUAAUAAAAUUUAAAUGAAUAUGUAUGAUGUAAAUGUGUUGCCAAGUUUUAACUCGGGAACGGUUUGAAUUUUACGUUGUGAUUGUUAGAAGAAGGUUCUUUCGAAAGAAAGAGAAAUAAAUAUCAUCAAGAAUGUCGAAACUUUAAAUAUAUAUAUGUAAAUCAUCGCCAAAAUAAUGUGUCUGUACCUAUAAAAAAGACAAAAAUCAUUAAAAAAAAAGUCCUUUGCAAUUAACUGGGUGUCUUGUGGUAUUUAGUUUAAUUAAUUCCACAUUCGCUGAUUUUAAUUGCAUUUACUGUGUAUCUAUGAAUUAAAUUACUUUAAGGUGAAUUUGU